GUAAUUUUAUCCUCCCCAAGAGGGAACAUCAAAAUGACCACAAAUAUGAGUGUGUAUAAGCUCUAACAAUUGAGUGCUUCUCAUGGACGCCUUCUUUAAUGUGUGUUGGUUUGCUUUCCUUUAAUGCAAUCAACACACACAUCUCAGUCACUAAAAUCCAAUUGAGGUAAAAUUUCAUUCUUAACUAACCUCAUUACCCUAUCUUUGGAAAUAUGACCGAGACGUUGGUGCCACAAGAAAUCCGAGUCCGCAUCUAGUGCACUACGCUUAACUCCCACAUUAUUUUCAACAUUAAAUAGAGAUUCAGUAAAUUUCAGAUCAAGAUUAAAACGAUAUAGCUAGGGAAUCAACCAACACACCAGGUCCAUAAAUAAAAUUAUCCUUCAAUAAAGAAGAGGUAUUGUUCCCAACCUUGAUAUGAAAUCCUAAAACACCUAACCUACUAAUUGAAACAAGAUUUCUAGCAAAAUCAGGCACAUAAAGACAAUUAUCUAGAUCUAAAAGACAUCCAGUGUCUAAGAUCAAUCUAUAGGUCCCUAUGCCUUCGAUGUGUGCUUUCAUCCUAUUCCCCAUAAAUAGAAAUUUUUCAUUUCCCCUUAUUGGUUGAAUGGACUUAAAUCCCUUCAUAAUGUGAGAAACAUGAGUAGAAGCACAAGAAUCUAACCACCAAGUGUGAUGGAUUAUAGGGGUAUCCAAACUAUAAAAAUGGAGAGAUUUGAGCUAAUGUGAGGAAGAAGAUGAAUGAAUAGUAAUGUGUAUUAGAGUUGUGAUCUAGGGUUUACAAGCUCCAAAUGGAGUAUAAAUAGAGAAAUAAUGGGUCGGGCCGCUAAUAUGGGCCCGAUAAGCCCAACUACAUAAAAGGCUAAUCUGGUACAUACAAAUGAUAUAUGAACUCUACAAUAAUACAAAUGAUAUAAAUGACGUCCGAUAAGCGUGUGUGGGCCAUUGUCCGGGCCCAAUAGUCGUGAGACCCGGGGGUCCGAGUCUAUAUACUCCAUCAAAGUGUUAUUAGGAACUUCUGUGGAAUUUGAUUAGAAACACACAAAACCUAAAUGUGUAUUAAUCUUGCUUGACUUGAUUUGUAACAUGAAUUCCCUAAUUAAAUCGUUUGUGAACGAUAAGAGAUUUAACGAAGCUGCAAUAAUAUACAUGCUUACUAUUAAUGCUUUGAAUUAACUAAUACAGAUUCAUUUUUAGAAAACCUAAACAUAUAUGCUUAAAUCCACCUUUGGGUGCUCCGUAAAAUGAUGCCAAAUAAUAUACAAAAAUAGAGAAUUAAUUAUACAUGAGUAAAUGAGUGUUUUCUAUGGAAAUUCACCCAAUUUAAUCUAAGUAUAAAAAUUGGUCUCUUAAAUUGCAAUAGAUUCCGCAUGAUCCACCUUUUAAUUUGGUGAUCUAUCACUACUACAUUUUUAGGUCUAACGUAUCAUUAUGAAUGUAACAUAUUUAUAAAAGUGUUACAUAUUUAACCUAAUGUAACAUUUGUGAGUGUUUUGAUAAAAUGUUACAUUUUAUGACACAAAUGUAACACUUAUCUGAUUAAAUGUAAUACUUACACAUAUGCAACACAAGAAUGUAACAGUUUGAAGAAAAAUAUUAAGUUUAUAACUAGUAUAUAUAAUACGGAGUAUAAUAAACUAACCAAUGUGUGUAUAUAUUAAGACUUCAGACUUCAUAGUGCUUAUCAAACGGGUAGAUGAACCGUUGUUCGGGUCGGGUAUUAUCGAUUCGAGACGGGUUCGAUUUUUAAAAAUUUCAAACGGGGCGGAUAGGAUACUCCAAUGUUUAGGUUCGGAGCGAUUCCUAUAAUUAUAAGAAACGGGCACCCGACCCGAAUCGUUUUUUCUUUAUAAAAAAGAUACCGAUAGUACAUUUUGUAUACGUAGUAUUUCAUUAAAGGGAAAAGUACGGAAAACAUACUUGUGGUUGGGCCCAUUUUGAGAUAGGGUCAUGUGUUUCAGUUUUUAUUAAAGUGGUUCAUGUGUUUGAAUCCAUUAUCACAAGAGGGCCACGCCGUUAAAAACGCCUAAGAAAGACGGUUAAUAGUAACUUCGAUUUUCAAAAUUGCCUGGAGAAUUAUAAGAAAAAUACCGCAAGGUGCGCCUCGUCAAGAUGACGUCCAACCCACCUUCGCCUUUGGAUUUUUUGGAUCUGUUUGAAUUAUUUUUUAAAAUUGAUUUCAAUAAUAUAUCUUUUCCGGUGGACUUUCCGCUGAUAAGGGUGGCUGAAAACAAAAACGAAAGAAGCUCUAGCGGUAGUCUUGUUGAGGCGCACCUUCCGGUAUUUUUCUUUUAAUUUUUUAGGCACUUUUAAAAAUUAGAGUUACUAUUAACCAUUGAUGGAUAGUAUACCCGGGGGGUAGCUUAUCCGAAGGGUUAUUACGGCAAUAAAACUUAGAGAGAAGUCAGAGCAAUAAGUAAGAAAGAGAGAGAGUCAGAUAUAUUAAUCGAUUCUGAUCUGGGAUCCUUUACAAGAGGAGUAAAGGCUGCUAUUUAUAGCAGUCAUAAAUGCUAGGCGGGGACACGUGUCAAACAUCUGACGGCCGAAGGUCACCUCAAUCGGAGUGGCACCGGCAUUUUCAUGUGCACUGUAUUAAUUGCGGUGAUUGAACGUGAUGCCGCAUUGAAUGAGGUGGUUGCCUGUCUCUAAAAGAAAUAUUCGCCGAGAGGGCUUGUUGCCGAAUGCAUCAUAUACCCGAAGGCAUCAUAUAGCCGAAGGCAUCAUAUAGCCGAAGGCUAUAUACAGUCGAGGGCAUGACAUAGCCGAAGGCUAACAUUUUAGCCAGAAUUUCCCAGAAGCUUUGCGGGUCCAUAUCAAGUUGUCUCCUAGAAUUUGGAGCCUUCGGCCAUGGGGCCGAAGGCAUCCACAUGUGCACAGUGGGCUUCUUCAUGCUUGGGCCGCUACGUUUGGGCUUUGUGUGCUCAUCGGGCUUGAUGGGCCCGUGUAGGAGAAGUAGGAGUCUGUGGGCCGGGGGUCCCUGGGCCGGGGGUCCCUGGGCCAUGUACUCCAUCAGGAGUCCCCCACUCCUUUUGUCGAAAGGUACUUGAGAGAAAAUGAGUAAUUGUGCUGAUGCGUCGAUUCUGCCGAAGACUUUCCCGCUGUGGCAGAUGAUUUCAAUUGAUGUUUUCCUCUCUGGUAUUUGCCGAGGGCAUUCCCUCAGUCCCCCACAUGUCGAGGGCUGAGGGCUCAUGAGGCCCUUCUCCUGGUGGUGCGAAGGCCGCUUUGUCACUAUGUGUACAUUGGCUGAAGGCGAUCAAGAGGAUUUUUAUUUUUGCUUAUGUACCGAGGGGUAUGUUGGUAACAUGUGUCCUUUGUAGAUUUUUUGCAUGUGUGAAUUUUUUGUCCAGUGUUUUCCUGAGGGUGUAUCCCAGCCCUCCACUCCUUUAGGGCAAAGACUAGUUCGGGCUGAAGGAGUUAUUGUGCACCGCAUAGACCCGAGGGCAUAUGUUGGCGAAGGGUGUAGCAAUAUCUGAUAACCCGGAGGCUUCAUGUAUAGCUGAUGCGUGAUUGCCGAAGGGUCACUUGAAGGAAUGUGCAUCGAGCCGAAGGCAUAUCGUUCUAUUGUUCGAAGGGUGUCAGCUGAGGACAUUAUUGCAAUGUGGCCGUUGAAAUAUAGCCGUUGGUGGUGGUGUCCACGUGGCAUGCGUCCGUUGGCUAAAAGAGGGCGGGUGCCAACCAUUGACCAAUACCACAGCCCGUAAUGAUGGGAUUUUAACUGGAGGCCCAUGCCUCGAGGCUAACCGUGGUUGGGGGCCUAUAAAUACCCCAAGGCCACACCCAUUUGGCUUGUGCGUUUAGAACUGAGGUGAAGCUCUGUCGAAUUUUCUAGAGAGAUAAACAUUUGCCUUCGAUCAAACUCAAGUCUUCGAGGUCAGUUCUUCAUCUGCUCUUCGCUUCUCUAGUAUAUUUAGUUUUCCUCUGCUUAGGUCUUGUGUUAGAGACUUUAGAAAGCCUUCUUUCCUCACAUCCCCUUCACCGUAGAUCCGAAGGAUGUCCUCAGAAAGUGAUUCUCAAAAUAUUUCCAGGGAGGCCCCACUCCAGUCAGAGAGCUACUCAGAUGUUAAGUCUUCGAGCGAGCAGCUUUUGGCGCGUGAUGAUUCUGCCGUAGCUAAGGAGGUUCAAGACCAUCUUCGGACCGAAGCGGAGGCUGAGGAAUUCGAACAAGUGGUAGAGGAUGAAGAAAUGGCCCUUGUGUAAUGCCCGAGAUUAAUUUAAGAGGAUUAAUAGUACUACUCAUACCAACAGAGGUGCAUCUCCUUUUAAGGGAGCUCAUCAACCAAGAACUCCAAAGUUAAGCGUGCUUGCACGGGAGUAGUCUUGGGAUGGGUGACCCCCCUGUGAAGUUUCUAAGGGCGCGCACGAGUGAGGACAAAUGCACUGUAAAGGCUCGUGGUGGUUUGUGACCCCCUGUGAAGUUUCUCAGGGCGCGCACGAGUGAGGACAAAGUGUGCGGUAAAGGCUCGUGGUAGUUUGUGAGGACAGUACUAGAGGUCAGAAGUAACUACCUCGGGCCCUGUGGGGCCGGGGUGUUAUAUGUGGUAUCAGAGCAACCCUGCAACAGUGUGCUGACCCGUUGGAUUUCAGGCGGGCACUUAGCGGGACAAGAUUCUGGGGUUUGAUUGAGAUUGUUAAGGGCGCAACGAGGACGUUGCGAUUCUAAGUGGGGUGAUUGUAAUGCCUGAUAUUAAUUUAAGAGGAUUAAUAGUACUACUCAUACAAACAGAGGUGCAGCUCUUUUUAAGGGAGCUCAUCAUCCAAGAACUCCAAAGUUAAGCGUGCUUGCACGAGAGUAGUCUUGGGAUUGGUGACCCUCUGAGAAGUUUCUCAGGGCGCGCACGAGUGAGGACAAAGUGCACGGUAAAGGCCCGUGGUGGUUUGUGAGGACAGUACUAGAUGUCAGAAGUAACUACCUCGGCCCCUACGGGGCCUGUUACACUUAGCCCUCCAAGUCACUGAGGAGGAGGAGGAGGAGGAGAAUGAGAGGCAGAAGGUUACCCAUCGUUGUCCUUCCUCCGCAAAAUGCCGGUGAGGCGAGCAGGUCCCGACCUCUCGACCCGGAACCUCUUAGGGUGGCCCCGGGUAGGAAAGAGAAGAAGGUGAGGGCUGCACCAAAGAAGAAGAAGCCAGCUAUUGUAGACGCUGGGCAGCCGGUAGGUAUCCCCGAAGGCCACUCAUAUCUGAAUACCACGGUCGAGGAUGUGAAGAUGAGGGCAACGAGUGCCGAAUAUCAAGCUAUGCAGUUCUUCGCAGGCCCCUCGGCAUGCGUGGUGGAACCGGGGCCAAAUGACGUAUUGUUGUGCGCGCCCGAGGGAUGUUUUGCCGUUCACAUCUUGUCAGUAGAAUUGGGGCUCCAGGUCCACUCCACCCAUUCGUGUUGGAGUAUUUGAGGUUCGUGAAGCUGGGCCCCUAUCAGUUGACACCCAACAACCACUCUUACGUGGCUGGUUUCCUUUCCAUAUGCCAGAGUCGGGGGGUCGAACCCACUUUAGACCAGUUCUUUCUUUAAUUUAAUCUCUGCUAUGGUGGACAUUCAAACGCCGGAGGCUUCGCCAAUUUGCAGCAAGUCCCGGAGUUCAAGCUAUUCUUCGAAGUUCCUUCGUCCCACAAAGGAUGGAAGGACAAGUUUUGUUACAUCUGCAUGGUGAAGAACCCCUUCCCUACCCCUCUUUGUGAUAACUUCCGGAGGCACCCAAAGGUAAGGAGCGCUGCUCUCGAGAGGAAUGGGAGGUAGCUUGCUGAUAAGCCGGAGGGGUCUGAUAAGCUGGUGACGAUUAAAGAUGCCACCCUUCCGGAUGAACUAUACCGACUGGACUUCCGCCGAUACCGGCUGAUGGGGGAGAAAGAUGAGAGAUACCCCCCAUAGAUUGUGUUUACGAGAGUGCCGGAGGUGAUUCCCGAAGGCCCCUCUUUUUGUACUUAGCGUUUUUCUUGUGUUUUGUUAUUGUAGUAUAACACUUAUAUGUUUUCCUUUGUUUCAUCGGGGAGGCCAUGGAUGUGAGAUCUUUCGCCAAUCUGAAGAAGAAGUUGGUCAAGGAGCCAAAGAAGAAGGAGAUGGGGACCCAAAAACCCGUUGAUGAAUUCUUCAAGAAGGAUGGUGAGCCCCCAUCGGCAGUUCCUGCUGCCCUUGCUGAUGUCGAGGCCGGAGGCACCCAAGCCUCGGCUGUAAAGAAGAAGAUGACGGAAAAAACCGUGGUACCCGCCGGGAAGAAGCAGAAAAAAGGGGAUGUCGGGAAGAAGGCUGCCCCCGCUGUGAUCGUUGAGGAGCACCCCUCUUCCGAGCCCCCGUUCAUGACGACGACGACCCCUCCCAACCCCCUUUGGAACAAAUGGGUGAGAGGGGCUUGUCCUGGUAGAAUGUACAGUUCUCCAUUAAAAAGGGAGCUGCCAUCAUGCAUGGCAUCCUGGACCCGAGGGAAUUCCUGAGGGGUGCUACCCCUCAGUUGGAUAGGUCAGCCCUCAGCCGGUAUGAGGAUGACUUCCUCGAUUCCAAGAUUCUCCAUGCUUCUAUCACUGUAAGAUUCCUCAUAUUUUUUGUCUCCUUAGUCAAUUGGCCUUAGCGUACUUAGCAUAGUAGUCUAACUCUUAGCGUUUUCUUAUUUGCUUGCAUCGGCCUCGGCAAGCAGCUCCGGAGUGUGGAAAAUUUGCGCCUCCAGAAGGUGCAGUCUGACGAGACUUUAAAGAAGCUUGUCAUAGAAAAUGCUGCCGCCGUGAGGAAGAUGGCGAGAUUGGAGGAAACCUUCCGACUGGCCACCGAGUGAAUGGAGCAGAAGUUGGAGGCCGCCAGAAAAGAGGCCAGAGCCGAGGGCAAGGCCGAAGCUUAAAAGGCCGAAGCUGAAAAGGCCGCUGCCGAGGCUUCCAAGACAGCUGCCGAGGAAGCCGAGAUAGCCAAGAAAGAGGCCAUCGCCCAGGCUAGGAAGGAUGAUAUUGUCUCCUUCAUCGCUGAUGGUUGGAAAGCCGAGGAGUACAAGCAAUGGCUGGCUUUGGUAGUGGAAGCGACCGUUGAUGAUUGGGCUGGAGGCCUUGGCGCUGAAUGGUUAGCCCGGAAGGGUAAAGCUUACUAUGACGGGGGUGGGUUCUUCACUCAAGCCCUCAUCUAUCAGAGGCUUGCUCGGCGUUUUAGGGUGGAUCUAAAGGAAUUUGACACGGAAGCCUAUGACCUUCCCCCCUUCAGCUAGACAUCUGAAUCCCCCUCCCUCCGGGUUUUGAGAGGCCAUACCUCGAGGAUUCCGAGCUGAUGCGAGAGGGACAGGACGACGAGGACGAUGAGGAUGCUGAAGAUGAUGCCGCCUCCCAGCUGAAGGAUGGAGGAGGAAAUGUCCAAGCUUAAGAGAUUUGUUCCUUAGCAUUUUUUGUGUUUUGUCUUUGUAAUAGAUGUCUAACCUUCAGCCUCGGCCAGAUAUGUGUGUAAACACUCUUAUGCUUUCACUAUCUAUACUAUGAAUGCCUCCGUUUUUUAUGUAUGAAUUCACUUGUCUUUCGCUUUAUGAAUGGAUAUGUUGUUGAUUCCCCCAUCUUCAUUUAUGCCUUCUUCAAUUUUUAUGAAUGUAUGUCUGUUUUAUGAAUCCCCAUGAGUCGACCGAGGGCCAAACGUUUAGGACUUAGAAAGGUUUCUAAGUAAGUUCACCACUGAGCCCUCAGUCAAUGCCUUCCUUUCUUCGUGUGAAACAGCUAGCCCUUCGUCAUCUACCGGGGGGGUCUGGUGUUGUGAACUUAGGAAAUUUUCCGGGUAAUUUCAUGAACCUGCCCUCGGUUUAUAACCGGUUUUAGCUGAAUUCCCUUAGUAAAGUAUGGUGGAGCCUUCGGGUAAUACAAUCUUUGAGGAAAAAUUGCCCUCAAGCCUUCGGUAUAUAGAGUUUCCGGUGCAGUUGAAACCUUAUGUAAACUCAACUUCCUUUGAGGGGUCUCAGCUUUGAGACUUGGAAAUUUUCCACUUUGCCAGGAACCUGGAAAAACUCUUGCACUUGAGCCCAAGUUCUGAUAUUGUGCCCUCGGUAUUUAGCCUUCCUUUAUGUGGAGCACCAAACUCCUCAUAAUGCAUCUGAGGGGUAUGUAACUGUAGACUUUAGGGAACUUCCAGGAAAAAUUCCACACCGAGCCCUAGCUCGACCCAUAGUGUCUUCCCGGGAUCCUUACGCUGGUGGACUUAGGAAAUUUCCGCUUUAGUAGAAUUUGUAGAAAACAGUGCAUUCAAGUCCUCGAGACGUUGAGAACAUGUCCCUCAUAAGUUUAGACUUUUGAUUUGAAGUGCCAUGGCCGAGGUCAGUUUGGUGUGAGAUGCCCUCGGCAUGAGUUCAGUUAGAACCCCAUACAAACAUUGAGUCCCCGUGCAAAACCAAAAUCCUUACCCAUGGCUUUGGUUAUCAGACUUAGGAAGAUGCACUCCCUUGAAAUGCGUAGUGUUGUAGCCAUCGGUGAGGGUCGUGAUAUGAUAAUUUUUCGAAGCCUUCGGGCAUUUAGUUAAGUUGUCUUGGACUUGAAGAAUCCGUGGCUUUGCAAUAAUAUCCCUUCGGAAAAUGCUCCUCAUGAUGGAGUUCCCGUUAUAUAAUGGGCUUACUCCCCCUACUACCUUUUUUUGUGUGCAGGGGAGCUUCAAGAAACUUGGUUUCUUGGGAGGCUUGGCCUAUGUGGGAGGCAUUAGAAUAAACCGUUGGCUCCCCCUUAGGUAUUGACCUUCCAGAUACCGAGGGGUUUGAGGGUCGUUUCCUUGACCGAGACAUCGUCUGUUUCCUACCUCCCCUUGGGGGAUGACACGGAAAGCGCCUCGGUUUUGAAAGUCGUUCCCUCAGCUCGAGACAUGGUCUGUUGCCUGCUUCCCCUUGAGGGAUAGCGCGUGAAGCAUUUCGUUUUUGAAAGUCAAAUCCUGGGCCCGGGACAUGGUCCGUUGCCUGCCAUUCCCUUGGGGAAUGGCGCGGAAAGCGUUUUACGGAAGGGUUUUAUUUGUGUGUGAAACACAAACGUCCGGAGGUACUUGGUACCUUCCGGUGCCGAGAGGUACGUCCCUUUAGUUUUUUUAUUAUUUUUUUAUGUGUGUGUACAAACAUGCAUGAACUAAUAUAUGCCUGGGGGCGUCCUCGAGGGGGCGGCUUAGUGAAGAUCACUUGGUAUUUUUAAGAAUGGUGGGCAUAUUUCGCACACUCUAUACUUGGUACCUGGUGUUACGGUGUCACACUUUAUUCAUCCUUAUGAAAGGGAGGGGCCUUGGGCUGUUGAUCACGUAUAUUGGUGAGUGGUGAGGGCUUGGCCACUCAUAUGCACUUUGUACUUGGUACUUUGUGUCUCAACGUGUAUUUAUUCUUCUGAGAAAGAGGGGGCCUUGGGUCGUUGGACAACGUACAUUCGUGAGUUAUGAGGGUUUGGCCACUCAUAUGAACUGAUAGAAUUUGACUAGGUGGUGUACAUUCCAAUGUCUAGGGACCUCGGUCUUAUUGGGGCGUUUUAGCUUGUAUGUUCCAGGUUCGAUGAUGGUUGUGACUAUGUAUGGCCCUUCAAACUUUGGUGCCAUUUUUCCGCCCUCGGUUGGUUGACUAGCAUCCCUCCUACAGAGGACGUAGUCCCCCACUUGAAAUUUUCGGGAACGGACCUAGGCGUCGAUGUAGCCUUUUACUUGUCUUCGGUAGUUCUCCGCCCUUAGGAAGGCUUGCUCUCGGCGCUCCGAGAUUAUGUGAAGCUCGAGGGCCAUAUUGGCAUCGUUGACCUCAGGUUCGUAUUGAUCCACCCUUCGGGUGGGGAGAGUUACCUCAGUGGGAGCUUUAGCUUCGAACCCAUAACACAUGGAGAAGGGUGUUUCGCUAGUUUCCCUCCUAGGGGUGAUGCGGUAGGCCCAUAAGAUGUUGUGAAGCUCUUCUACCCAGCUCCCCCCUUCGAGUUCCAGCUUCUUCUUUAACCCUUCCAGCAGAGUUCGGUUAGCGUUCUCCACUUGACCGUUCCCUUGAGGGUAGGCAACUGAUGAGAAGGUGUGUUUGAUGCCCCAUGCCUCUAGUAGGGGGCAGAAGGGGGCUGCCUCAAACUGAGUUCCAUUGUCGGAGAUGAUUUGUUGGGGGGGCGCCGAACCUUGUGAGGAUGUUUUUGAGAACAAAAUGGCGGCACCUGGCCUAAGUAAUGCUGACGAGGGGCUCCGCCUCCACCCAUUUGGUGAAGUAGUCUAUGGCCACGGUGAUGUACCUGUUGUUGGAGGUACCCCUCAGUAGUGGGCCUACUAGGUCGAUGCCACACCUGGAGAAUGGUAUUUUGUGCUGAUGGGGGCGUAGUUAACCGCUGGCCAUUGGGGAGCCUUAUGAAAGUGUUGACAGGCGGCGCACCUUCGGGCGAGAGUUGCACAAUCUCGGGCCAUCGUAGGCUAGAAGUAGCCUUGGACUAUAAGUCUUCGGGACAUAGAGAAGGGUCCAUGGUGAGCUGAGCAAGUGCCACUGUGCACUUCCUCCAUUGCAACUUCGGCUUCAUCCUGAUGAAGGCACCGGAGUAAUGUGCCGUUGUAGGAUCGUUUGUAAAGCCUUCCGUUUUCGAGGGUAUAGCUGGGAGCCCUCAGCUUUGCCAGUUUCGCGCGGGCUUUGUCCCCGGGCUUCGUCCUCGGGUAGUUGCCUUGUGGUGAUGAAGUUGAUGAUAUCCGAAAUCCAGUCCUCCGACCUUAGGUGUAUCUCCAUGACGGGGCUUGCAUGUAUGCUUGAUAGGUUGAGUUCCUUGAUCCUUGCGAUCUUUGAGAGGUGCUCCGGAGAUUCAGCCGAGAGCUUCGAUAGAAUGUCUGCCUCGGAGUUCUGAGCCCUCGGUAUUUGAGUGAGGGAGUUUGCGUCGAAUACCUUUAGCAAUUCCUUGGCCGCUUCCUUAUACUGCUUAAUUCUCCCUUCCUUGGCCUCAUAUUCCCCCGAGAUUUGGCCAACAACUAGCUUGGAGUUGCACUUCACAUGUAUUUGCUUAGCCUUUGGGUUUGCUGCCAGCCGAAGGCCACAUAGGAGGGCCUCAUACUCAGCUUCAUUGUUGGAGACCUUGAAGGAGAAGCAAAUGGCAUAGUAGGCUCAAAAGCCUUCGGGUGUGAUGAGAACGACGCCUCCCCCGCAUGCUUUGGUUGCCAAGGAGCCAUCUGUGUAGAGAGUCCACCAUUCGUCCAGGGGUGUUGGGGGCAUCUCGUCCACCGCAGAUCUUGUCGUGCAUUCCGUUACGAAGUCCGCCAGGGCUUGGCCCUUGAUGGCGGGCCUCGGACGGAUGUCUAUGUUGUAUUGGGUAAGAAAGAUAGGCCAUUUCACCAUUCGGGGGGGAGCUGGUGGGGCUCCUCAUCAAUGCGCCGAGGAGUUGGUGCGUGAGGACCUGGACCGGAUGGGCUUGGAAGUAAUCACUUAGCUUCUUGACGGUCCAAACGAUAGCUAGUAUCGUCUUCUCCACGGAAGAAUACCUGAGUUCUUCCUACCUGAGGGUCUUGCUGACAUAGAAUAUUGCAUGUUGGAUGUCGUCUUCCUCCCGAAUUAGAACCGAGUUGAUGGUCGCAGGGCUAACGCCAAGAUAAAGAUAUAACGUUUCCCCCACCUUGGGCUUGGACAGCACGGGGGGUGAAGACAGGUAUUGUUUCAAUUCUUCAAAGGCUUCUUGACACUCCGUUCUCCACUGGAAGCUGGCUGUCUUUCUCAUGGUUUGGAAGAAGGGGAUGGCCUUCUCUGCUGACUUAGAAAGAAAGCAAUUGAGGGCUGCCAGGCGGCCUGUCAACCUUUGGACUUCUUUCACGUUGUGUAGGGGCUCCAUGUUGAUGAUGGCCUGGAUCUUCUCGGGGUUGGCCUCGAUACCCCUUCGACUAACCAUGUAGCCCAAAAACUUCCCCCAUUGCACUCCGAAGGUGCAUUUCUUCGGGUUCAACCGGAGAUUGAAUUUUUGCAUGAUGGCAAAAAUUUCCCGGAGGUCCUCAGCGUGGCUGGUGAUCGUUUGCUUUUGACGAUCAUGUCGUCGAUGUAAGCCUCCAUGGUGUGCCCUAGGACGGCUUGAAAGACUUUGGCCACCAUUCGGGUGUAAGUGGCGCCCAAAUUCUUUAGGUCGAAGGCCAUAACUAGAUAGCAGAAGAUUCCCUCGGGCGUCAUGAAGGCUGUUUUUUUCGCAUCCCCCUCAUGCAUAUAUAUCUGGUGAUAUCCUCGAAAAGCGUCGAGGAAAGACAUGAUUUCACAUCCCGCCGUUUCAUCCACCAGCUGGUCAAUGUUUGGUAGAGGGAAAGGGUCCAUAGGGCAUGCCUUAUUCAGGUCUGUGUAAUCCACGCACAUGCGGAAGGUGGGUGGUUUUUGUGCAACGACGACAUUAGCUAACCAUGAAGGGUAUUUUACCUCCCUGAUGUGUUUGAUGGAGAGGAGAAUAAAGACCUCUUUCUUUACGAAGUCCCUCCUUUCGGCUGAGAGAGGUCUUCUUCUCUGCUGCACAGGUUUUGAGGAAGGGUCCACUGCCAUGCGAUGAGUGAUCACCCUUCGGUGGAUUCCCGGCAUGUCCUCCGGCCCCAUGCCAAAACAAUGGAGUAGGUGCGGAGGGCCUCCGUGAUGCCGCUAGCCCAACACACUCGGCGCUGAUGAAGCCGGUGUUGGGGUAGGGCGUCAAGUCGUGGCCAAGGAGCCGGUCGUGAUGCGAAGUCGUCACCACUAUGAGGCUGAUCCAAAAGUCCAAGAAACGGUAGCCAUCCGAUGAAGGAAUGACUGAGACCGGUCUUGGGGAUAGAUAAUCACGCCGAGGCUGAGGGGCCCCUCAUGAUGUGCGAACGACGAUGAUGAGCCGAUCCGAUAAUAUGAUGACGAGGCAAGAAUGAAGCCGAUCGUCAUAUAAGGGUGAUGGUCACUGAUAGAGUAUAUCUAGAGAGAAGUGAGAGCUAGAGAGAGAAGUGCAAUGAUAUGCUUCAAUAGAAUGAUUUCGUAACCCUGAUAACUACCUCCAGAGGAAGUAUUUAUAGGGAAAAUACGGGCUGGGCUCCCAAGCCUUGGGCUUGGGAGGCCCAUUUACAACUGGACCGCUACUGGGCCGAAUACAAAGCCACUAAUGGGCUGUUCAAAUGAGUAAGUGUAAAAUCUGGUUCUGUGAGGUCUUCGUGGCCGACGAGGGCGUGGCCGACGAGGGCACGGCCGACGAGGGCACCCGGGUUCCUUGGAUUCAGGACCAUAUUCUGAGUUGGUACCUUCCCGGCCGACGGGGGUCCCUUGGCCGACGAGGGCACCACUCAGUGUCUUGUGCUUUCUGUUCUUUUGAGUAUGUGGGUCCGGGGGCUCAGACCCAUAUACUCCAUCAGGAGUCCCCCACUCUCUAAGCUGAGACGUAGACGGAGUGAAGGAGAGUAGAUUCCCGUGCUUUGGUGCUUUUGGCCGAUGCGGGCACUCCCAAGCCAUUAGCUAUUGCGGCGUUGGCGCUGUUUCCAUUUUGGUGAUCUUGUUCUGUGCUUGGCCGUUACCUGUUCCUCGCUGUGGACGGGGAGGCCGUUGUUUCCUUGGUAUGUUCGUUUGGGGAUGAUGAGUGUCCUGCUUCGAUGGCGGCCGUUGAAGGCGCGUUUUCCCUUUCUUGGACGUUGAUGGUCGAAAUUUACAUUUGGGCCGAUGAGGCCGUUGAGGUUGAACCUUGCUUCAAGGACGAUGGCGUCCUUUCCUUUGGGUGGCCGAUGAGGGUGCUUGCGCACUCCUUUUGGCCGUCGCUGAUUGGCUUUCGUGUCCUUGGCCGAAGAGCCCAUUAUGAUUAACUGUUGGCGGAGGACGAUGAAUGUCCUUGCCUUAGGUGGCCUGUUGGCCGUUGUUGAUGGUGUUAUGUGCCUUUGGCCGACGAGGCGCCGUGUUGUCCAAAGUGCCUGGCCGGAGAUGGAGUCACGAAGACCUUGGCGCCGUUGUGAUACAUGGACGAUGUGGCCAUGCUUUGUGGUUACAUUUGUGUUUGCAUUUUUCCUGUCUGUAUUGUUGAGGCCGAAGUAGUCCCCUAGUCCCCCACUGCUUCAGGCCGAAUAGUGUGAGGGGUGAAGGAGUUGCUUAAGUCCCUGGCCGAAGCGGCCUCUUCGUAGUGCCCCUGAAUCCAACCCUUAUGGCGAUUUUCUGGCCAAGGUAACCCUGUGGGAGAACCCUUGUGCACAGAUCGCUUGUAAAGAAUUAUCAUCAGAGGUCGUUACGAAGGCCGAUGGCUGCGGGUUCUUUGUUCCUUUGGUUCUGUGGCCGUUACGGGCGUUAAUGACGUUCCUAGCCGUUGUCAUCUCCUUAUCGCUUUGCUGGCAUUGUGAAGCCGGCAAGCGUAUAGGCCGUUGUGGGCGUUCGUUGUCCGUGUGAUCCGUAGGGUUUUGCUCCACCGGUAGGUUAGUUCUCGAGACCGGCCCAUUUCCGAAGGGGUGGCACCUCAUCGGCUGCUGGGAAGGUGACCGCUGAGGUGGCCAUUGAUAUGGUGCCACGUGUAGUGACCGUUGGGGAGUGUCUAUAAAUACCCCCCUCCUCCGAAGCGGUUCCUCACUUGCAUUCUUGAGAUAUCGAAGUGCUACCCAAAUUCCUAGAGAGAGAGAGUCUUCAAGGUGUUCUUCGAGUUCUUCAUACCUUCAAGGUUAGUUCUUGACUUGUUCUUCAAUUCCUUUGCAUACUUUGCUUCUCUGAGCCUUGAUCUAGUGUUAGUGGCCAAAACGCCUUAGAUCCGAAGUAAUUCCCCUUAGGCUCGUAAUAGUUGUUAUGAUGAAGAGCUUAGACGAGGAGUACUAUCCGUACGACGACCAGCCCUCCACUAGGUCCCUCGACUAUGAGGUGCUUGAGGAGUUCGAGGAAGAGAUAGAGCGUUUAAGUCCUUACAAGUCCGGAGAGCCUAUGGCCGACGAAGGUGAGGACGAGGAGUCCGCCUCGUCUUCAAAAGGUGAGGACGCGGGUGCGUCCCGAGUGGUGGACGGGGCGUCCACUUCCGCUGCUAUUCCGUGCCCGAAACCGGUGUCUGCCGUGAAGGGAGCAGAGAGGCCGAAGAGAAUAAGGAGGCCGAAGAGUGGGCCAGGCGUCUCCUACCUGGAUCUCACAAACAUUUACCUGAUCAAGCCGGAGAGCAGCGCGGCUGAUUACUUAGUUGCCCAAAUGUAUGUGGGGCCGUUCGGGAGGGUUAGGGCACCCAGGCCGACGGACCAUGUACUCAAUCCGCCACCGGGGUACUUCGGAGUAUACCCGAUGAGUUUCGCCAAGGGGCUGAGGUUUCCCCUUCAUCCCUUCAUCACCGAAUAUUUGGACAUGGUGGGACUUCCUCCGGCCUUGCUGACCCCGAACAGCUACUCGUUGAUGGUGGGAUUCUUGCUCCGUUGUGAGGAGUUGGGCUACAGGCCGACGACAGCUCUCUUCAUGAACCUUUAUCAGAUUGGCCGAGGAAGCCACAAGAACUGUGCGGCCUACGCUACUCUCCAACAGUUGCCGAAGAAGAGGAGCUUCACGGACUUGCCUUCGUCCAUCCAUGGUUGGAAGAGCAAGUUCGUUUUCGUGUCCCUUGGUGAGAACGACAUUGAAUUUCCCUCUCUCGGCCAUACUGGGAGGUUCAAUCUGCACGACCCGCCGAAGAGUUCGAUCUUGGACGCUCAGGUGGAGGCGUUCCUGGACGGGGGGCCGAGGAGCGUGAAAGACUACAUCACCGAGUAUAAGAUGACCGCCCUCGGCUUCUUUAGGUACUAUGUGUAUGGUGACAAGGAAGACGAUGUCCAACUGUGGCCGAGGAUGUCCACUACCUUUGAGGAGGCCGACGGCCCGGAUUUGGGCGUUCCUGCUUAGGCCGAUGGUAAUACUUUCUCCGGCUUUCUUCCUUUGUUUUUUGUCCUUUUGCCUUGCUAACCUGUUCAUUUUCCUUUGUGUAGACUUUGUGAUGGAUCGCCGUUCGAUCAUGGCCAUAGCCAAGGCCAAGGCGGCCGAGGAGUUGGCUGCGAAGGUGGUCGAGGCGGCAAGGCGUGCCGCGGCCGAGGGAGGCAGGGCUGCUGCUGGUGGGGCCCCGAAGCCUGCCCAGUCAAAGAAGAAACGGCCUCCCACUGACGGCCAGAAGAAGCUGACCGAGGCUGGUCUUAAUCUCGCCAAGAAGACGAAGAGGGCGCCGUCUCCUUCCCUUGCCGAUGAGGUCGGCGUCCUGACCGUCCCGAACGUGGACGAUGGUGGUUCUGGCUCUGCUGCUGCCGUCGUGGAUCUUACCGCUGCUCCUUCCAGCGCCGUUGCUCAGCCGCUCCCUCUCGGCCAGGAGACUCAGACGAAGCGGGCUGGCAAGGAGAUUGCCACUGCCACUUACCAAAAAGUGGUGGAGUACCCCGUUGGCGGGGGUGUCUUUGACGAUGCCGUUGACGGCCAUGAUGUGCUUGCCCAAGCCAUGCCGGCCAAGGAUCGGGCCUACCUCAAGAGGCUCGGGGACGUCAAGGUCUAUGAAGGCGGGAUGGACCUCAUCGUCCAAGGUGCCUUCAUGCUCAUGGAGAGCCACAAAAGGAAAGAACGGGAGAUUGCUCGUCUGAAGGAGCUCGAGCAAAAGUCUGCCUCGGCCGAUGAGGCGAUGGCCUGCUUGGAUCGGCUCCGAGAGGAUGCCAAGGCUCUGCAGAAGAGAGCCGAUGAGGCUGCUGCAGCGAGGGACGAUGCCUUGGCCAAGCUCGCGGAGAGCCAGAGAGCGCUUGAGGUUGAGCGGCGCAAGAAUGAUGAAGUCAUGAAGGCCAAGAUUGAGGCCGAGGCUGCCGCUGUGAAGGCCGCUGAUGAGGCCGUUCAAAAGUUCCUGGCCGAGGGAUGGAAGGUCGACGAGCAGCUCCCCUGGUGCUAUGAAGUGGUGGCCGCCAAGCUCAAAGAUUGGGGAAUGAACUCCCCCGCUGGCCAAGAGUACUUUGGAAGGGAGAUGUCCGUGUACUACAACAUGGGCCAAGAACGGAUGCAGAGGCUCCUGUGCCGGCGGCUGGCGCGUGCCCUUAAAGCAAUGAACUAUACCUCUGGGUGGGCGAGGCGGAACCUGAGGCUUCCCAGGCUGAUGAAGGAUCCCGAGGAGCAGGCCAAUCUUCCUCUUCCGGAAAGGGAGGCCCCAAUCGAAAGUUCCGGCCCCGGCGAGCCGGACUAUGACGAGUUUGAUUUCUUGGAUGAUGCCACAAGCUCUGCAGCUGCCGCCGGCCAGGAGACUGAGGCCGAGGAGGAAGCCGAAGAUGCCGGAGAUCAAACCCAGGCUGGGCAUGAUGGAGGUGCCCAAGAGACUUGAUCGGCUACUCCCCGUUCCCUAUCUUGUAAUCAGUUACCUUUUUUUUCCUGCCCAUGUGAUGUAAUGGCCGAAGCGCCCACCAAUUGUACUUAAAUUGUUGAUGAAUGAACGUUUUGUUGUCCUGCUCGGCUUUGAAUGUCUUGUAUGUUUAUUCCCUUUUGCUAUUUCAAUUUUGAAAUUUGUCUAAGUGUUAAGUUACAACUUAGGUCACCCGCGAGUGUUUAUUACGUCCGUGAGGUAGUCCAUUUAGUCUGGUGGCAUUGUCGGCCUGUCCGGUGUUACUUCGCUGUCGUAACACUUGGGAUUUAUCCAUAAAUUUCCUAAGUGUUUUAGAUCCACUUAGGUGCUUUCUUUCCGUCCUGACCGAGGCGGGCAAGCUGGGGUGUCCGCUGCGUCUUGGCAUUGUCGCAUUCUUCUUGUUGUUAGAAUUUUUCUAAGUGUCCAACUUCAAGUAGGUGGGUGUUCUCAUCGUCCUGGUGUUGAGCCUCUCCUCAGUGUUGACAAAUGCUUUGGAAAAUUCCCUAAGUGUUGAACCGAUGUUGUUGUUGUCGGCCCGGUGUUCUUCGUGGCCGUUGUGUUCCCUUGUUCCUGAUCUGAUCAGGGAGGUCGGCCUGGAUCCUUGUGUUGUGGUCGAUAAGGGUACACGGGUUGUUGUCCCCUUCGGCCUUGUAUGUCUUCGUUUCUUGCCUUGGGUCAUUUGAACUUAGUUUUUUGAACAUAGAAAUUUUUCUAAGUAUAAAUGCAAGACAUAGGUAGCUAACGGCCUGCGAGUAUACAGGUGCCCGCUUCGUCUAGAGUUUCUCCAUUUAAAUAUUUAGAGUUUUUUCUAAGUAUAAAUGCAAGACAUAGUUCCUUCUUUGUGGUACCGUUGGCGGCCAAGAGAUGGCCCUACCUUCAUCGGCCAAGGUCUGGCUUUGUGGCCGAUGAGGGUGCCUUUUGCUUUCCCCAAGAGUUUCUCUAAGUGUCGGAAUUCUCUUAAGGAACCUUUUUCCUCAGGAAUUUUGUCUAAGUGUUUGGUAAACACUUGGACAAAUCCCCAAAGAUCUUCCGCUUGGCCAACAGCCUGGGUUUUAGUGCCUGUAACGGCCAUCCGGAAUGCUGUGGUCGGUAGGGAUUGUUGCUUGAAUGCUUAAUUCGUCCGCGGGUGUGAUACUGCCCGCUUCGUCCUGGUCGUCCUCAGGAUUGAUACUGCCCGCUUCGUCCUGGUCAUCUUUCAAGAUUGUAAUUCUUUAUUUCAUACUAAGUGUUGGUGCUUCAAAGAGCUGUGGCCGAUGAAGGUUACCACUCGCGUGUCACCCAACCACUGGUUAGGGUUUUAUAGGCGUAUGCUUCGUCCUUGACGAUUCCCUUGUCUGUGAUGGGCGUAUGGCCAUAUCGUCCAUGUCACCUGUUAGUGGUACUACACUUGUGUUCAACUGAUAUGUACUUAGCCAAGUUUGGUCGGAGUUGUGGGGAUUUUAUUUUUCCAUUGCUCGAGGCCGGCAAGUGCGCGCGGUCCUCGGCUUCCCUCCUUUUUUUCCUAUUUCAGGGGAGUAUCCUUCUUUCAGGCUUCGGCCGAAGGGUGUGCUCGUCCUUCGGUCGGUUCGGACUUCGUUUAUAACGUCCGUGAUCUCAGGGCGGGUCCCGUUGCCUAUUUAUGACGCGGGCUAGACUUUUGGUCGGUUUCCAACGGCUGUCAUUGCCCAUCCCUGAGUUUUGGGAUUUUGUCACCUCGGCCAUGAUUUCAGGCCUGUCGUCCUGCGAUCCGGCGCGUGGACGACGCGAUGAGCUUCCCGUUUCAAGACGUGGGCCGUUUGCGGGCCCCUGGUCCUGGGGACAUCGUCGGCCAUACCUGAGCGUUUCACUUCUAGGCUUACGGGGCCAGGACGAUGUGCUCUCUCAGCUAGGCCUGAGCCCUUCGCUGAUACAAAAUACAAUGGAGUGCCUGAGCUUGUCGCUCGUAGGCUGCAAAUGCAAGGUGCCAUGUCGGCCAUACCUGAGUCUUUCGCUCUAAGGUGGCUGAUGAGGGCACUUGCUAAUAUUUUACUUUAAAUUCCAAAGAAAAAAUCAAGAGGAACAUGAUUUUAUUCAUAAGUGGCUCGAGGCCAAGGGUGGCGUUCAAUCAGUAACCCGUUAAGGGGUGAGGGCUUCGCCGUCUGCACCUCCUUCGGAUUACUGAUAAAACUUCACCAGAUGGUGUACAUUCCACGUUCGUGGUACAUUGGACCCAUUCGGGUGUUUAAGCUUGUAGGUGUCGGGUUUGACCACGACACUGACGAUGUAGGGCCCUUCGUACUUCAAUGCUAGUUUGCCACCCUCUGUCGGCUGGCUUGCUUCCCUUCGGCGGAGGACGUAGUCCCCCACUUGAAAUUCUCGGGAACGUACCUUGGCGUCAUAGUAUGAUUUUACUUGACGCCGGUAGUUCUCUGCUCGGACGUAAGCUUGCUCACGCCUCUCGUCGACCAGGUGCAGGUCAAUCUUCAUGUUUUCUUCGUUGGCGUCAGGCUCGUAUUGUUCCACCCGACGGCUGGGGAUGGCAACUUCCGUGGGUGCCUUUGCCUCAAAGCCGUAGCACAGGGCGAAAGGCGUUUCACCUGUCGCCCUCUUCGGCGUAGUUGUAAGGAAUAUCUGUAUUUAGAUUUUGAUGAUGCUAGAUUAAUUAGGACUUUAGAGUACCCCUAUUUAGACUUAAUGUAUUAGAAUUUUCAUUUGUAAAGUUCUUAGUGUAAUCGACUUGGCAGAAUGCCUUCAGAGCAGAAGACCUUCUGAGCAGAAGGGCUCCGAGAGCAGAAGACCCUCGUAAGGCAUUAUUGAAAUAGAGGACCUUUGGUUCUUUGCUCCAGAACAGAAGACCUCAGGGUCUCUGUUAGCCUUUACUCUGACAGAAACCCUUCUGGGUCUCUGUUGGAUAUAUUCUCAACAGAAGUGCUCCAGACCUCCUCUGUUCAACUCUCAGUUAAAGACACCAGAAGGUCUGACACUUAGAAGAAUUCCACAAAACCGGGAAGUCAACCAAAAGAUUCCUUCAACGGCUAGGAGUAUUAAACGGAAAAGCUACAGUACGCGCAUUAAAUGCUCAUUUAAUGCUCCCCAUGCUCCGUAGAGUAAUUGCAGAUGAUUGACCGCAAUGUCAGGAAUACUUUAUCCCAAAAUAGUAACCCGCCAACUUUACCGGGCUCUACUGGUCAAGUCAACUGAUCGCUCAUUUAAUGCAGUUGUCCUCCUACUCCUCCAACGGGAAGACAACCUCAGUAUAAAAGAUACACUACGAAGAACAACCGGAUAACUUUGCAAUUUUUGCUAACCAUUGCUACAACUCUUCAUACAAGAAAUUCAAACGCCUAAAAGCAAAAAGCCUCAUUGAGAUUAACACUUCAUCAUCUUCUACAAGAGAAGGCAGAAGUUGGAAAAAUACUUUUUCCAACUCAAGCAAAGUUCCAAGUGUUCUUCAACUCUUCAAGCUCAUCACAUAGAAAUCCUUUGUAACGAAGCUAGUUGGAGGAACCCCUGUUUUAACAGAAACUCUUCUUGCUACAAGAAGGACGUCCAAGUAACUUGAGUAGUGAAGUGGUGAUACUUCCAGGAAGCUCAGUGAAAGGACCAGUCUUAAAGGAAGCCAGGUAGUGCAUCCCAGGAGACAUCUACACUUGAGGAAGACGUGGAGAGCUUCUUAAGUGAUAAGGCUAAGGCAUUGUAAACGGAAGUCUUUACAGCUUAGUGGAACAAUGGACUAGAGGAACAAGUUGUUCCUUGAACCACUAUAAAAAUCCCUGGUGUCAUUUACUUACUGCUUUAAUAUUUGCAUUUAGAUAGAACUGUCUAACUCCUCAGACUUGGUAUCUGUGUUCAGCAGAACUUGUCCUACGAGUUAACAGAAGGCCUACUGCCUUUGCUUCUCUGAG